AGAAGAAAGGGAGGAAAAAUGAAAUCCCCGGUUUUGUGUAGAGCGGCGGCCAAGGUUUAGCAUUUCAUUGCCCUAAAUCGCUCCCUUCUUCCCUUUCUUUCCAUUUACCCAUGGCUUCCUUUGCCGCCAGGUCCAUUUUUCGAUCCUCCUCCGCCAAGGCUGCCACUCUUCUCAGCGCCGGAGCCAGAGCUGCUCCGGCUUCUUCACCAUUUCGCAUUGCUUCCAAACGACCUUUCUCUCACUGCUCUUUUAGGCUUCCGAUUGAACUGAGCUUCUGCGUCGAGUCCAUGCUUCCCUUCCAUUCUGCAACUUCUUCGGCAUUAAUGACUUCGAUGCUUUCUGUUUCUCCCCAUAGCUUUGGUUGGCUUUCAGAAGUGUUCAAUGAUGAUGUGUGAUGACGAAUGGUCAAGGGGCAGGAAGUUUUAUGUGCAGAGUUCUACAUUGUGACAGUGGCACUGCUAAAUUUUGUGAACUGAUCUGCAGGAAUUUGGAUUCCCAAGUCUUGACUUUCAUUCUAGUUUGCAUGUCUUAGAUUCUGAAUUUGUGUCACUAUGGAUUACUAGUAGAGUGUAUAGGAAGAGAUCUACAAUCGACAAACAUAUGAGUUUUAUCUGAAUAGAAAGGUUUCAAGAAACUGAAUUCACAAAGUCUUAUUAUGUUGAAUUCCUUAUAGGAUUGUCUUGCAAUAAAAUGAAGGAUUCUUUCUCCAGUUGUAUGGUUGCUCUAUCAUUACUUAAGCUAUGAACAUACUUCAUAGUUCUGAUGGAUGCUUGUGUUUUACAACUCCGAAAUCUGUUAGAUUGCUGAAUGUAUGAACUCAACAAGAUUUAUUAAAUACAAAGAUGUUUGGUGAA